ACUUUGAUUAUUGUGCUUUAAUUUAAUAUUGUAUUUGUUAUGAUUUAUUUGUUAUCGUUUCAAAAUAGGGACAGUGAAAUGGACUCAAAUUCGAAGUGGUUGCAGUGUGAUUGUUUCCAAGGCAGUUGUAGUUGCGGUGUUCCAUGUUUAUUCUCCCAUUGUAUAUACUCCAAACACGAGGUGGCGCUGCAGACUUUUGAGAAGGAAUUGGUGUUGAUCUAGUCAACUCAUUUGAUAUCGUUUGUUAUUCAUGGGAACAGGAAAAACAAAGAGGCCUAUUUGGCUUUACGUAGGUCCGGCCUAACGAUGUCAUCUCAGGACUCUGGAAGUGACAAGGCAGAGGCCCCAAAGGAGAGAAGCUUCAGGACCCCUGGUUUAAGAGGGGCCCAGACCACUACGCUUUUCCGUGCAGUCAACCCCGAGCUAUUCAUUAAACCUAAUAAACCAGUGAUGGCUUUUGGACUGGUUACAAUCUCACUUUGUGUGGCAUAUCUUGGAUACCUUCACGCCGUCAAGGAGAAUGAUCAGCAGUUGUACGAAGCCGUUGACAGUGAGGGAGAGAGAUACAUGAGGAGGAAAACAUCUAAAUGGGACUGAUUUUGUUUGACAUUUAACAGUUCCUGGCAAUCAAAUAGAAAUUACUUGUCUUCCUUUGCAGAGAAGUGUACAGAAUGCCAUUGUAUUCCUGAAAGGACAAGCUUUCAGGACAAGGGACCUGAGCAGAGUUGUACAAUGGAGAAAAAAUGAAAACCCAAGACAGUACUGACUUUUGUCAGAAAUGACUAUUGCCUGAAACCAUAGUAGUAGUUUCUUUAGUAUGUUUAUGUAAUGUCUUCAUAAUGUAAAAUUUUUACUGAAGACCCUUUGAAUAAGACAUGGAUGUAUUUCCAGCAUGUACAAUAUGUUUCUGUCAUAAAUUAGAUAAUUUAUUUUAUUAAAUAAAUGUAUGGGCUUAUUGUU